UUGUUUUCUUUAACUUUUAUUUUAUGUAUUUUUUAGGUUCAUAUUGGAAAAAGAGUGUAGAUCAAUCAGCAUAAAUGGGAUAUGAUACGGGCAAAUAAAAAAAGUCUUUAUGUAUUUGUAAAAAUAUUGCUGUUGCACUAUGGGGGUCUGAUAAGGUUAAAAACCAUAGUUUGGAGAGGAAAAUCUGCACAUCAAAUAAAACUGCUGCCCAAAUCCACACUGAAUCCUCAUAAGUAUGCUGCAGUGAAAGGCUGUUACAGAAACUGGUUACAGCAGAAUGGUAUUCCAGAUGAAGAGGUAAUCAAAAGAAGUGCCAAAGUUGGAUAUUACAUAACAGACAAAAUUAUGGAUAUAAAUAAAGGAAUAAAAAAGCAACAAAAAGUUAAACAAUGUUCCUCACACACCAGCAGUGAAUGAUGAUGCGACUUUUCUUAUGU